AUGGAGGACGUAACAGAUGUCCACAUUCUGCCUCUUUCCAGCUCAAAGUAUCUUAACCCAAAAUGUGUAUAUUUCAAUCAGAAUGGUAAGAAGAGAAAGUGGGAGUGCAUCACUGAACAUUCUGGAGUGAGUGAAUUUACUUUAUACAACAACCUUGUGGCCAUCCUACUGUUCAACACUUCCAGGGAUGUUUUUGUGUUUGUAAAACAGUUCCGGCCAGCUGUCUACAUCCAGAAUGCAGAAGCAAAGAAGGUUAACGGAGAGGAGGUUAUAAACACAAGACAUUUCCCGCCUUCUCUGGGGAUAACCAUUGAGCUGUGUGCAGGCAUUGUGGACAAGGAUGCAGCUCUGACACAAGUGGCUCAAGCUGAGGUCCUGCAGGAGUGUGGCUAUGAUGUUCCAGAAAACAAGCUGCUAAAGAUCACAUCAUUCAGGAAUGGUACAGGCACAAGUGGAGCUGUAGUCAACCUGUACUACGCUGAAGUGACAGAUGCCAUGCGUGUUAGCAAAGGGGGAGGACUCGCAAGUGAAGGGGAGCUCAUUGAGGUGGUGGAGAUGACAGUUACUGAGGCUCGGCAGCUGAUUUUCGAUGAAGAUGUGAACAGAGAGGCUAGCUCUAUGUUUGCUCUGUUGUGGUUCUUUCAAAAUGUUUGGCCACACAAACAGAAUUGUCUGAAGUAG